UCGGAUGAUAUGCGGCGGGAGUUAACUCGAUCCGCACUCGAUUCACUUUUUCACAAAAAUGGUAUUAUUGUUACCGACGGAUGCACUGCAUUACAAUCCGUGAACUGUGUUAUCAGCAUAAUCAGCUGUGCAAAAGACCAAUAAAUAUUUGUUAAAUAAAAUGGAUUCAAUAGCUUUUUUUUUGGAUUUUAAUGAAAGUACAAACAAUGAUGCAAGACGAACCCGGAAAAAAGUAAGGGAUAAUGCUGUUGACGUGUUCCAGUUGCCGGAUGAUGUAUUUGUUAAGCAAUUCCGUCUUAAUAAGAUAGCUUUCCAAUAUGUUCUUAACAUAUUAAAGAGGGAAAUGCUUCCUGUUAUUAAAACAUGGUCGAUAUCGCCAGAGCUCAAACUAGAAGCCUGUCUAAGAUUUUUUGCUGAAGGGGGUUAUCAAAAUGGUACUGGGCAGGAUUUUAAUAUUGGCAUGGCGCAGUCCACAGUGUCCAUAGUACUGUCAGAAGUUUUAAAUAUUUUAGAGGCAACACUAUGCCCCAGAUGGAUAAGUUUGGCAAUGACCGAGACUGAAGAGCUUGAAGCCAAAAGAUAUUUUUUUGGAAAAACAAGAAUUCCCGGCAUAGUUAUGUGCGUAGAUGGCACCCACAUAAAGAUUUUGAAACCUGCUGGAGACAAUUCGCACCUUUAUUAUAAUAGGAAAGGAUAUUACAGUAUUAAUGCAAUGAUAAUAUGUGACCAUAAGCAGCGAAUAAGGUAUGUGAACAGUAGGUACGCAGGUGCAAGUCACGAUUCCUUUAUUUGGGAAAAUAGUGAGGCUUCAAGACAUUUCCAAACCAUGUAUGAAAAUGGACACAGAAGCACUAGAUUGUUGGGUGACUCUGGAUACCCACUUUUACCCUGGCUGAUAACGCCCUUCCGAAAUGCCGGAGCGAAUACACCCCAAAGCCGUUUCAAUAAAAGCCAUAGCUCGGGUCGCAAUAUUGUUGAACGCACAAUAGGUGUCUGGAAGAAUUGGUGUCGAUGCUUGCUCUCAGCUCGCCAACUUCAUUAUUCUCCGGAAAAAGUGGCUCAAAUUGUUAAUGUUGCGGCGGCACUUCACAACAUUCGGAUCCAUUAUAAUAUUUCAGACGAAUAUUUAGAAGGGGUUUUUGAAAGUGAAGAGUAUGAAAAUGGCGAGCCUGUACAACAUCAAAGGUAUACCAAUGAAGCAAACCAAAUCCGGAAUGAAAUGCUACACAGCUUUUUAUAAAGAAACAUUUUUUUGUUUUCAUUUAACGUACAUAAAUAUAUGUAUGUUUGUAUAUAUUUCUUAAGAACAAAAUAAAAACAGCCUUCUUGGCAAAUGUUGCACAUUAAAACUUAAACUUAAAAUAUAAAAGCCUUCUUGGCAAAUGUUGCACUUUAAAACUUAAGCUAAACAAAAUUUCUAAUUCACAGUCAUUUUUUAAGUCUCAA